AGUCGUACUACGAACAGAAUAGUAUAUUGAAACAAACUUCAAUCGAUAAAGAACUCAAGAUGAAACUCAUCCUUGUACUCGCAUUCGUGGCGGUGGUCGCAGCACGGCCCGAUGACGACUACAGCCGCUAUGAGAACUUCGAUGUUACUGAAUUGACUGAGAAUAAUCGUCUACUGAAGGCAUACACGGAAUGUUUCCUGGGAACUGGAAAGUGUACGCCUGAAGGAAGCGACUUCAAAAAAUGGAUCCCUCAAUCCGUGCAAGACAACUGCAGCAAGUGCUCUGAAAAACAAAAGACCCUCGUAGCCAAGGUGAUCAUUGCUACUAAGGAAAAAUUAGCUGAACAGUGGGAGAAACUAAACAAAUUACACAACCCUGAGGGCAAAUUCGACAAAACUCUUAGUGAAUUCCUAGAGAAAUACGGACAUUGAUGUACAUGAUACUAUGUUACAUAACU